GUCUUUUGGAAUUUGUGUGAGCUUCCGGAAAGGCUCGCCGGAAAAUAGCAAAUAUUAUCCAUUGAAGACACUCAGAUUAAUGGGUCGAGGAAAGAUAGAGAUAAAGAGGAUAGAGAACAACACAAACAGGCAGGUGACCUUCUGCAAGAGGAGAAAUGGACUGCUGAAAAAGGCAUAUGAACUUUCUGUUCUUUGUGAUGCUGAGAUUGCUCUCAUUGUUUUCUCUAACCGUGGUCGCCUCUAUGAAUACUCUAAUAACAAUGUUAAGGCAACUAUAGAACGAUACAAGAAGGCAACAGCAGAAACCUCUAGUGCGUACACUACUCAAGAGCUCAAUGCACAGUUUUACCAACAAGAAUCAAAGAAGCUGCGGCAACAGAUACAAAUGAUGCAGAACACAAAUAGGCAUUUGGUGGGUGAAGGGUUGAGCUCCUUGAAUGUGAGGGAGCUGAAGCAGUUGGAGAACAGACUUGAACGAGGCAUUACAAGAAUUAGGUCCAAAAAGCAUGAAGCAAUACUAGCUGAGACUGAGAAUUUGCAGAAGAGGGAAAUUCAACUGGAACAAGAAAAUGCAUUCCUUAGAUCAAAGAUAGCAGAAAAUGAGAGGCUGCAGGAACUAAGCAUGAUGCCAUCUGGUGAGCAAGGUGGACAAGAGUAUAAUGCAUUUCAACAAUAUUUAGCAAGAAAUAUGCUCCAACUCAACAUGAUGGAAACUGCAGUACCAUCUUAUGAUCCCUUGUCUCCUGACAAAAAGUCUCAUCUCCAACUUCACUGAAACCUUCCUAGUAAAAUCCAUCUCUGCUAUGGAGGAAGGAAUGUGCUCUGCUCUUUUGGAACAUAUAAAUAAUCUCUCUGCUUUUGCUUUACCACCUUAUUUUGAUGUUUUUGAAUUGUUUGCUACUCCCUAUUACUUAUAAACUCUGGACGUAUCAGCUUUCUUCCAAUAGACUCGCCAUCUUUUUAUAAAAUUUGGGGCUUACU